AUGGAAUGUUGUCCUGAGCAAAGACAAGAGGUCUCAAGACUAGGACUGAGUUGCACGAGGACAAAGCUUUUUCUUCUACUCUUGCUGAUAGACUUGACUGUCGUCGGGCUGCUUCUACACACUCUUCGGCCCUUGAUCACCCUGCUAUAUCGAAAUCAAGAAUUGUUUGCUGCUCGUGGAACUUUACCCUCCAGCAAUUUACUUCCCCAAAACCUAAGUGAAUAUCCAAACCCGAGCGGGAUUCCGUUGAUACUCCACCAAACCGCGGCUACUGAAAAUAUCCCCGAGCGCUGGCAAAAUUCCCAGCAGAGUUGCGUUGAAGUAUACGCCAACUACCAAUAUAUGUUAUGGACAGAUGAAUCUGCCCGUGACUUUAUCUCUAAGCAUUACCCCUGGUUCCUUCCAACGUGGGAUACCUAUACUUUCCCAAUCCAGCGGGCCGAUGCACUGCGCUACUUUGUUCUCUAUCACUACGGCGGGAUAUAUCUCGACAUGGAUACCUGGUGCAUCCAGCCGAUUCCAGUCCAAGCACUCCUGAAUGACAACCCAGGGCGGGAUCUCGCCAUUUUCAAAUCCACUACCCCGACUGGAGUGACGAAUGACUUUCUUGUUACGACGCCGCGUCACCCUGUGUACGGCGCUGCGAUAGCCAAGCUACCCGAUUCGGCUCAGUUCACUCACCCCUGGGCGCGCUUACAACCUUACUCUGCGAUCAUGGCAUCGGCGGGGCCAAUGUUUUUGUCUCUAGUAUUGAAGGAAUAUUUACUAGGACAGCAGAAUCAACAGCAGCAAUCUCGGCCCUUCCCGUGGCCGGAAGGGAUUGAGAUCAUUAAUAAAACCGAGCUGGCCCCUUACAUCACUGAUCUUGAAAGCAGCACGUGGCACCACUCCGAUGCAAAAGUACUAAUGUGGCUCGGCAAGCGCCCGUGGCUCUGGUACACUCUAGGCUUGGGGGUUCUGGCGACGGGAUUAUACAUGAUUGACUAUCUGUUUGUGAUUCUCUAUGUGCGGAGCUCCCGUAGGGCUGUCUCUCAAACUUGUGGUACAAAAUCAGCUAAGAAAGCAUAA